AUGCUUAUGAUUAGCCCAUCCAUUAGAGCCAUUCUAAAAGCACGAAAAAUAUGUUUCUUUAAUCAAAUUCAUACUGUCACCGACAAAGCAGACAUUACUUGGUUUUAUGCCACUGAUAUUCCUAAAAGAUCACCAUAUGAUGAUAGUAUCAAACAAGUAGACUUAUCCAAAAAAAAUCCCAAAACAUUCUUAAGAUUCUCUGAGGCCGAUUCCCAGAAACUUGAAAGGGAAUUUAAGAAGAGUUUACAAAAUCCUAUUGAUGAUCCAAAAUUAAAAUCAAAUCCUAAACAACCCCUCAUUUCUGUAAAUGAGGAUUUAUUAUUCCAUGUAGAUAUUAAAAAAAUGGAAUUACAGCCAACUUACUGGAAAGGACCAAUAUAUGAAGUACGAAGAGGUGUUUGGUUUGAUUCAUCAAACCGCCCAUUAUCUAUGGGACUAACCAAUUUCUUGGAAAAUAAAAGAAAUUCUAUAUUGAAAAAACAACCUAAUUUGCUUGGUCCUAAGAAUAAUACCCAUAGAAUCAAUGAAGACUUACCCAAUGAAGACACUAUAUUUGAAAUUAAAGAAGAAUCAUCUGAUCUCUUAGCCAAUUGGGAUAAAAUUAUAUUCAUUGAUAAUAAUAACGCUUUAUUAUUUCCUACUAAUAAAGAUAGUAAUUCCUUCUUACAUUACGUCAAAAAUUAUAUGGAAAACUCUAAUUUCAAUGAUGCCGUUAAAGUAACAAGAAAGAUAGUUCUACCAAAGAAUAAUGACUCGCCAGUUUUUUUGAAAAAUAGUGGCGUAUUGGAUGGGGUGUCACAAAUUGGUAAUCGUAUUGGGAAAAUUUCUGACAUAAUAUCUCAUGAAAUAAAUACAAUAUUAGGUAUGCAAGUUAAAGAUGAAACAAAAUCACUGUCGUCUAAUCCCAGUGACACAAUUCAACAAUCAGCUGUUGCAACGUUUAAUGAUGUAUCUGAAGAAAUUAUUCAGAAAUCACUAGAGUUAGACUUUAAUAAUUCUAAAUUGAACUCCAAAGAUCAGAAAAGGAAGAUUCGCCAUUUGUUUUUCUGUGUACAUGGGGUUGGCCAGACCUUGGGCAAAAAAUAUAAAUACUUUAACUUUACUCAUACUGUAAACCUUCUUAGAUCUAACAUGAAAAAAUCUUAUUCUAAUUCUAAGAAAUUGCAAGAGCUAAAUUAUCAUAAAAAAUAUCCCGAUUGGGAAACUAAUUGUGGCGUUCAGCUUUUUCCUAUUACUUGGAGACAUGAUAUAGGGUUUGAAACUGAUAAAACCCAUGUAAAGCAUUCCAAACUACCUUCACUAGAUCAUAUAACGAUUAAUGGAAUCGAAGGUAUUAGAAAACUGAUAGCAGAUGUUGCCUUAGACGUUCUAUUGUUUUGUGAUCCGUACUAUAAAGAGUUAAUUAUAGAAGGGGUUAGAGGUCAGCUAAAUUAUGUGUUUGAGCUUUUCAAGAAAAAUAAUCCUGAUUUUGAUGGUGAAGUGCAUCUUAUCGGACAUUCAUUAGGCAAUUUAAUUCUAUUUGAUCUACUUAAUAACACUAAAAAGUAUAGUUUAAACUUCAAAGUGGGAAAUUAUUUUUGUUUAGGUUCACCUGCUGGCGUCUUUAAACUUAUUCAAAGAACAAAUAUUGAUGGGAUAAAUAAUAAGGCUGGAAAAGAAUUGGGUAAAAGAAAAAAAUUAAAACAGAAAUAUCAAUUGGAAAUUGAUAAUUGGCAAACACAAACUUUACCAUGCAAAGAAUUAUAUAAUAUAUUCCAUUUAUGUGAUCCAAUGGCAUAUCGACUAGAACCAUUAGUUUGCAAUGAAAUGGCAGAGUAUGAACAGGCCUUUAUUCCACGUUGGACAGAGGAUAAUACUAUCAGCAAUUUGGGCCUUCAAAAUAAUGUAUUCGAUAUUAGUGAUAAUAUUAUAUCAAAUUUUUUUUCAAAUAACCAACAAACUCAACAAAAUUCUGAAAACCAAUGUUUAGAUAAAGCUAUAUUGGAAAAAUUAAAAACUUUAAAUAGCACAGGAAGAAUUGAUUAUGCAUUACCAAGAAAUGCAUUAGGUGUCAAUGCAAUAUCAGCAGUUAAAGCUCAUGUAGAAUACUUUGAGGACAUGGAUAUUGCUAGGUUUUUAUUAUUUGAAACAUUAAGGGAGAAGGAGAAUGUCAUGCAUGCUGAAGUUACACCAAUUAGAUAA